AGACGAAGAAGACGGUGAGCACCAUGCCCAACGACCGCAAGAUCAACAGUGCGGCCGCCUGCAUCUCCUUCAUGCUGGAGGGCUGCGAGCUCAAGAAGGUGCGCUCCAACUCCCGCAUGUACAGCCGCUUCUUCGUGCUGGACUCCGACAUGCGCUCCGUGCGCUGGGAGCCCUCCAAGAAGGACUCGGAGAAGGCCAAGAUUGAGAUCAAGUCGGUCAAGGAGGUGCGCGUGGGCAAGAAGACCCCCAUCCUGCGCAGCAACGGCCUCUCCGACCAGUUCCCGGACGAGUGCGCCUUCUCCAUCAUCUACGGAGACAACUACGAGUCCCUGGACCUGGUGGCCAGCUCUGCCGACGUGGUGAGUGCCUGGGUGAUGGGGCUGCGGUACCUGGUGUCCUACGGGAAACACACACCCGAAGCGCUGGGGACCGGCCACCCCAGCCUCCGGACCUCCUGGAUCUCCUCUGUCUUCGACCUCGCCGACCUGGAGAAGUCUGGCCUCAUCCCCGUGUCCCGGGCCGUGCAGCUCAUCAAGGCCCUGAACCCGGGCAUGAAGGCCUCCACCAUCGAGCUGAAGUUCAAGGAGCUGCAGAAAGCGAGCGACCGCGUGGGCGCGGAGGUGGCCUGCGACCUCUUCGUGGAGGCCUAUUGCGAGCUCUGCACGCGGCCCGAGAUCUUCUUCCUGCUGGUGCAGUUCUCCAGCAACAAGGAGUACCUGGCCCUGAAGGACCUGCUGAUGUUCCUGGAGGUGGAGCAGGGCAUGGAGGGCGUCACGGAGGAGAAGUGCUGGGAGAUCGUGAGCAAGUACGAGCCCUCCAAGGAGGGCCGCGAGAAGGGCUACCUGGCCAUCGACGGCUUCACGCGCUACCUGCUCUCCUCCGAGUGCUCCAUCUUCGACCCGCAGCACCGCACGGUGUGCCAGGACAUGGCGCAGCCGCUCUCGCACUACUACAUCAGCUCGGCGCACAGCGCCUGCCUGCUCGAGGACAACUUCUGGGGCCGCUCGGACAUCGGCGGCUACCUCUCGGAGCUCGUGAGCCUGUGCCAGGCCGUGGCCUUCCGCGGCUUCGAGGGCUCGCGGCGCGCGCAGCGCUACUGGCAGCUCUGCUCCUUCAGCGAGGUGGAGGCCGGGCGCUUCGCCAGCGAGUGCCCCGCCGAGCUCGUGAGCUACAACAAGCGCUUCCUCUCGCGCGUCUACCCCAGCCCCAUGCGCAUCGACGCCAGCAACAUGAACCCGCAGGACUUCUGGAAGUGCGGCUGCCAGAUGGUGGCCAUGAACUACCAGACGCCGGGGCUCAUGAUGGACCUCAACGCGGGCUGGUUCCGGCAGAACGGCGCCUGCCUCACCGGCAUGCGGGAGGAGGUGUCCUACUUCAGUGCCAACGCCAAGGACUCCCUGCCCGGGGUGCCCGCGCAGCUCCUGCACCUCAAGGUCAUCAGCGGGCAGAACCUGCCCAAGCCCAAGGGCUCGGGGGCCAAGGGGGAGGUGGUGGAGCCCUACGUGUGCGCCGAGAUCCACGGCAUCCCGGCCGACUGCGCCGAGCACCGCACCAAGACGGCCCUGCAGAGCGGGGACAACCCGGUGUUCGACGAGAGCCUGGAGUUCCAGGUGAACCUGCCGGAGCUGGCCGUGCUGCGCUUCGUGGUGCUGGACGACGACUACAUCGGCGACGAGUUCAUCGCGCAGUACACCAUCCCCUUCGAGUGCCUGCAGCCCUGCUCCCGGUCCAACGCGCUGGUCUCCUUCAAGGAGCUCUGCGGCCUCACGCCGGCCGCCAACAUGAAGCAGUGCAUCCUCACGGUGGCCGCGUGGCUGCUGCACAGCGACAGCGCGCCCAGCGUCACCCUCAACCUGGCCGAGCGCUACCCGCCCAUGGAGGCCCAGGGCCCCAUCCCCGAGCUGCUGCGAAAGGUCCUCACCGCCUACGAGACGGUGAUCAAGACGAGCGCGGACGUGAAGGCGCUGACCUACUGCGACCUGCAGUACAUCGGGCUGCGGGGGCUCUGCGAGGUGCUGCAGCUCUACCCCGAGUACGCCAGCAAGUUCACGGCCGACAUCCACCAGGACCUCACCUUCAACCUGCGGGAGGGCAGUGAGAUGGAG